CAAUCUCAGCGGUUCUGUCAACAUCAGCUUCAUCGCUAUCAUGAAUAAAGCAAAAGAUAUCUGUCUAUGGCGAAGGUUCGAAGAAAGACGGGGAUCGACAUAAAGCGACACUCCAAAUCACAGGGUUCCGUGAUUCUAGGAAUGAAGAUACCGACUUGAAGUCUAAAGAUAAGGAAAUUAUCUAGACACAGGGCGAGACGAGUGAAGGGAGGAGAUGAGAAAGGAAAGCAACAUACAGAAGAGUAUCCAUCUUGUCUCUCGUCGGUGAUGCCUAUACAGGAUGCUUGUAUGGUAAGAUUUUUGUGAGGAGGCCGUAUUCGAGAGACCGGAGACUCUGAGGCUCAGCCAAAACGGACGGCUGGCGGUAACUUGGGAGUAUAGAGACAGUUCCGGCUUUCGUUGGGUUCAGAUAAACACAGUCCUGUUGGCAGUAAAGCGAGAAAAGGAGGACUGCCGAGCCUUGUGUUUUGGCGAAGCCCUCAACAGCCUCGAUCGUUGAGUGUGAUGGAUCUUCAACAAGGGUGAGCCUCAAGAAACAAUUAGUGGCAGAAGCCGGUCGUUGCCGGCGGGGUCAAUAUUUAAAAGCGAACAGGCCGGUCGUCUGAUGCUACUACGAUGGAGCCCUGGGUUGAUCAAAAGGAAAUUUCGCGUUUGAAGUGAACACGAGAGAGAUAACCUAAGUGAACAUGGGAACGAGGAGCAAAAAGUAGUAAUCGGUUGGUGUUGAAGAAUAGUUAUGCCACAGGAGGGGAGUUGGAGAUCAGGUGCAGGUACUCUUCGAAGUAUCUGUACCCACGAGGAGGGACGUCAUAUCCCAGAUAUGCGUUAUAAAGUUAGUGCAGGUGAACCCUAAAUCCUUGAGAUAUAACACCGUCUGGAAGUAUACAGUACCUUGCACUACCAGAACACAGCCGCUUCUGGCACAGCCUACCCGAUUUACAGUGAACGGCUGGGACGCUUCUGCACUUUCCAUUUUCCUCCAGCUGUAGGGUAUCCUCGGGACGUUGGUCUGUACUAGCCACAAUCCCUCGGGAUGGACAGUUGGAGAGCGCCACAUCCGACUCGGCAUCAUAGGUGGCUCGUGCUCCCCACCCAAGAGCUGUCCAAGCCAGAUGAAAAUUAUUCUCCAUCUCCAUCCAACUGCGCUCGUCAUCACGAUCCUGGCGUUCAGAGGCCUCGGCAUUCAAUCGCUUUCGAGGGUAUUUUAAUAACUCCUUCUAUUUCAAUAAUUUCACCUCACCGAAUUUCGCUCCGGCUGGUUGAUCGUCCACCGUCGCUGUCCACUAUCUCUUUAUUCGCACCUCUUCCGACCUCUUCACAUCCUCGCUUCGGCGCACCUCAGUCACAAUGGCCUCCGCAGCCGCAUUGGAUCCCGUUAAGACGGCCCUGCUUUCCAAUCCCAUCGCUAGCGUUUUAGGAGAUGCCCUCAACUCGUUUAAUGAGCGAAGGGCCAAAUUAGGCCUCUCCAACCCAGGGACUAUCGAGAGUCUUGCCAAGGAGGUUCAGCGCGAUGUCUUCCUCAACAAUUACAUGUUCACCGGAAUGCGUGCCGAUCUCACAAAGAUCUUUAGCAUGGCUCCUCUUUUCCAGGUUUCCCACCAAUUCGCCAUGGGAGAGCGCAUUAACCCCUACACCUUUGCUGCGAUGUACGGAACAGGCAAGGUCUUCUGCCAAGGUAAUCUGGAUAACGAGGGUUCUCUCUCCGGUCGAUUCAACUGGAGAUGGUCCGACAAGUUUGUUUCCAAGUCUCAGAUCUCCAUUUCUCCUGGUGGUCAGGAUAUGGCGCAGUUCGAGCACGAGUAUACUGGCAACGAUUUCAGCGCAUCCCUUAAGAUGCUGAACCCUUCUUACCUUGAGGGUGGUGUGACUGGCAUCUAUAUCGGAAGCUACCUCCAGUCUGUUACUCCUAAACUUGCCCUAGGUCUUGAAACUCUCUGGCAGCGACCUGCCCUCACCCAAGGCCCCGAGUGCGCUGUCUCUUAUGCUGCCCGGUACAAGUCCGCAGACUGGAUCGCUACCGCUCAGCUCCAAGCUGCUAUGGGCACCCUUAACACCUCUUACUGGCGACGACUCUCGGACAAGGUUCAGGCCGGUGUUGAUUUGAGCCUCGGUCUCGUUCCCUCUGCCGGUGGCCUCAUGGGUGGUGGCCUUCAGAAGGAGGGCGUCACCACUAUUGGUGCCAAGUACGAUUUCCGCAUGUCUACUUUCCGAGCUCAGGUCGACUCCAAGGGCAAGCUUAGCUGCGUUCUGGAAAAGCGUGUUGCACCGCCCGUUAUGAUGACAUUUGCUGCUGAUAUUGAUCACUUCACGCAUCAAGCUAAGAUUGGUUUGGGUGUCUCAAUUGAGGCAGCCCCUGAGGAGCUCCAAGAACAACAGGAGUCUCUUGGCUCCCAGCCCCCCCCUAACAUUCCCUUUUAAGCCCUGAGCUUAAACUCCCCUAAAAUCCGCGACGACGCGGCACUCCCCGCUCAAAUGAGUGAUAUAUCUUAAUGAUCGCUCAACUGUGAGCAGGCCAGGACGAAGUUUCGACCUCACCCCAAACCCUUCUCACCACACUCGAUGUCUUAUUAGUCGUCCUUUUCGUCUCUGGUGAUACCAUGACUUCCGAGCCCGAGGGAGACCUCGUGCUUAUGUGGCCUGGCCAGCUUUAGGUCCCGGUCCAACCCCUAUGUGCUUGGAAGUUGGGUAUCUGUGUAUAUUAUUGUCGUGGACUUGCAUCGUCCUGGUCAUGUGUAUGAAUUUCCUGUAACGCACAUUACGGAGGGACGAAAAGUCGGUCAUCGCACUGUUGUUGUUUUUAAAUAGUUUUGAACGAACUCCUCAUCUCGGCGCUCAUGGCGGCUGCGGUUGUUUUAGUUCGACGUGUUGAUGGGUCUGGAUGAGCUGGUGAAUAUCAGGGCAAGCUACGAAGAGAUGGCCUCCCUGCUCAUGUAUAUGUGUACAAGGAAAUAGACAAACUUGAAGCUACGGCCUUCGCCUUCUCAUGGGGUGUAUACGAGAAAUGGUCAUGGAUUAUUUGACUUCUUUUCAGAUGCAGAAUGUCUUUCAGCACAAUUGGUAGAUGUUAUCACGGGAUAUUUGUCACUUGAAAGUACUUUGAGGCUCUAAAAUCAAAUAAUGAAGACUUUUCUCCCCUCUAGCGUGCGGUAUCAUCUCCGUUUCUUGUCUCAUACUUGCGUGUAUCAUGUUCAAAGUACCCAAGCUUCGAAAGUUAGCCAUGCGACAACAAGUUGUCACGCCUGCCCAAAACGCCUCGCUAAUUACCACAGUUCUGUUCACU